GAAGGAGCGUGAGCCGGCAUAGACGAACAUGACAGCUCCGAAAGGAUGCUGGGGCGCCGGUGAGGGGAGGUUUGCCUGCCGGAGGAUGGGGUGCGCGGGGGCGGGCUGCCUGGCCGCGCUGGCAGUGCUCUGCGGGGCUCUCGGGGAUGCUCCCAGCAGAGGCAUCAAAUGCGGGGGGGUGCUCUCAGCACCUUCCGGCAAUUUCUCCAGCCCCAACUUCCCGGGGCCGUACCCCUACGAGACAGAGUGCACAUGGCUGAUCGUGGUGGCCGAGGGCUCCUCCGUCCUGCUCUCCUUCAGCCACUUCGAGCUGGAGUACCACGCCGCCUGCGCCUACGACUACCUCCAGGUCUACAACGGGGCUGCCCGGGACCAGGGCAACCUCCUGGGCACCUUUUGUGGCCACAGCCCCCCGCCACCCUUCUCCUCCGCCUGGCACGUCAUGGCCGUCGUCUUCCGCUCCGACCGCCACGUGGCCAAGCGUGGCUUCGCCGCUGCCUACCGGAAAGAUGCCUGCGGUGGGCAGCUGACGGGGCUGUCCGGGGAGAUCACCAGCCCCCGCUAUCCCGAGAGCUACCCCAACGAUGCCGAGUGCCGCUGGAGCAUCGGGGGGACUGGCAGUGGUGGCCCCCUCACCCUGGUGUUCGCCGACUUCCAAGUGGAGGGUGGCGAGGGCUGCGGCUUCGACUAUGUGGCCCUUUUUGAUGGCCCUACCGCCGCCGCCCCCCGCCUGGGACGCUACUGUGGCAGUGCCCGUCCACCCCGCACCGUCUCCUCCACCCCGUACCUCCUCGUCCUCUUCAAGUCAGACUUCAACAUCGGCGGCAGGGGCUUCAAGGCCCAUUUCUACUCGGGCGAGUGCCAGGAGGUGUUCACCACCAUCAAAGGGAAUUUUUCCAGCCCUCGGUACCCCAGCUUUUACCCCAACAACCUCAAGUGCCAGUGGAGCAUCCAGCUGCCCCCAGGCUACCAGGUCAAGGUCUUCUUCUUGGACAUGGAGCUGGAGGGCCGGAGCAGCCUGACGGGUGGCUGUGACUAUGACCAUCUGGCCGCCUUUGAUGGUGGCACCGAGAACGGGUCCCUGCUGGGGCGGUGGUGCGGGCGGGAGAACCCGUCACCCGUCACCUCCCGUAGCAACCAGCUGCUGCUGGUCCUCCACACCGACCGCAACACAGCCAAGAGGGGCUUCUCCAUCGCCUACGUGGGAGUUGUGCCCAUGAACGUCAGCUGCACCCGGACGGACUUCCACAUCCAGAUCCCCGUGCAGUCCCUGGCCCAUCUGGAGAGGAAUAGGAUUUAUCUGGGGACCCCAUCCUGUGCAGCCCAGGUGGUUGGCAGGAACUUUAAAAUACACACCAGGUUUGACACCUGCGGCACCGAAUCCCAGAAACGCAACAACACGUCCGUCAUCGUCAGCACCCUCUACAUCGAUUUUUCAGUGGGCGACCAGGAGGACAUCCACCAGUAUGAGGUGCAGUGUGAGCCGAAGAGGAAGGAAGCCUCGGUGACCCUCAUCGCCGGCCCCGACCCAUCCAGGCUCAGCCAGGCAGAAAACCUGGUGGAUGCCCAGCAGCGGGAGGGGGGAGCGACGGAUGCCCGUGAAACCAAGAGCCAAGACACCAGCGACAUCGUCUUCAUCAGCAUCUGCAUUCUGGCCGGGCUCCUCAUGGUCAUCGCGGUGGUGGGGCUGGUGCUUCUGUAAGAUGCUGCUCCCCAGAUCUCCAGGGCUUGCAAUCCCAGCCCUGCCCAGGGUGGAAAUCACCCCAAAAUCCAUCCUCACCCCGGGCUGAGCACUAACACAGCUGCUCAAACAGAGACACGGCUCCCAGGCCCCGAAACUGAGCCUGAACCCAACCUCCACCUCCUCCCAGCGCCUGAAAAAUCUGGGCAAUAGGCAGACACUUCCCUUCCCAAUUUGUUUUCCUCUGUCUCAAUCUGUCCAUUUGGCUCGGGAAUACAAUUCUUGCGCUUCCUAACUCUUCCCGCACCUGCUUCAAUUUGUUUUCCCUCUGGUGCUGCUGCUUUCAGGAAAGUAACGUUGUUUGCCGAUGGCUGAAAAUCCUCCUGUCAAUUAUUUUUAUCUGGAUUCUUGAAGGUACAAACCAUCCUCAAAUAUAGCGAUAUUCCCAACAAAUAUUUUCCGCUCUCCCACCUGUGCUCGAGGGGGUA